AUGUCCCAUGCGACGACGCCAACCAAAGGCCCGUCAACUGUCGAUUGUGAAGUCUUGACGGACAUUCAUACACAAUCAAAUUUGGCCGAAGUUGAAAUAGUCAGCUUAGUACAAGAAUUAAUCCCACGCUAUCGUCUACGUGCUGAAACCGAUUUUGCUUGUUCAAACGAAGAUUUCAUUCAGACUCCACGUAUCGACGGAUCAGAAUUCGAAGCUUUAACCAAUACUCAAAUUGGUGCUCUUCUCGAUUAUUACGCCUCAUCUAGCAAUCGAAUCAGUCAAAUGACCAAAACAUACCAUGAUAUAAGUGCUGUUACUCGCAUGUUAGAAGAACGCGAGAAUGAUUUGCAAAUGGCCGUUACGUUAGGCCAUACACUACUCGAGAGUAAUGAUUCACUUCGUAAUCAAGUGGCCUUAUUAGAACAAGAUAUUGUUCAGACGACGGAAAUUGUUAAACAACUCAAACAUGAUUUGGUUCUCAAAGAACGUGUUAUUCGAUUUUACACUGAUAUGGAAGAAAGUGAGCUGGAAGCCGCUGAAACAAAUCACUUGGAUGUUCGACAGUAUGAACAAAAAAUCCGACAUCUCGAAGAAGAAAAUGAAGAUCUCCGUACUGAAACUUUACAGUUAAAAGUCGACGCGGAAAAUUACGAGCAUCAAGAACAAGCAAUUGUUGACAAUUUUGUUAAUACGCUAGCCAAUGCAAAUGCGGAAAUAGACAAUCUACAACAAGAACUGAUUAAGAAAACCAGCGAAAAUGCUCAACAGCAGGACGAAAUUGUUCGUCUAUCUUACGAAAUGCGAGAAAUUCGUCGAAGAUUAGCUGAAUUGAAGAAAGAAAACGAAGAAUUGAGAAAUCUUCUUGCCAUUAGUGGCAAAAAUCGCCAUGAUUACGAAACUAAAAUCGAAGAAUUGGAAAGAAAUUACAGUGAAUGUUUAGAAAAACUUCAUCAAUCUCAAUCCGAAGUGAAUUCUCUACAGCAGAGAUUAUUGGAAACAUCUCCGUCAUCAUCAAUGACUGAUUUAUCCUCGAAUCGUCAUACAGUUUUCUUAUCACCUGUCGAAUAUGCGAAUUUUAUGGGAACUGAACAUUCUCUCAAAUCAGAACUUGAAGAAGUUCUCGAAGAUCCAAGUCAACUAUGUACAACAACGGUGACGAAUGAUGAACCAAUGACUUCAAUCAAAAAGUUCUAUCGAACAAGAUCAAAACGCGAUCAAAGCGAUACUGAUGGUGAAUCAACAAUGAAUGAUUCAGCAUUCAGCGAUACCGAAAGUUUAAGCAGUGCUUCGUCUUGUCCUUAUUGCCAUCGAUGUUCACCUAUAUCAUCCUCUUUCGAUCCUAAAUCGUCGUCUACAUACCAGUUCGAACGUCGAAUGCCAACAGGAAUCUCUUCGCGAUUGAAACUUGUCAAACGAUUGGAAGGAUCAAAUAUGUUAAAACGUUGGCAAGAAUUAGCUGAACCUAGUCUUUCAUCGUGUCUUCAAACAAUACCCGGUGUUUACACACGUGCCGAAAUUUUACAUGAAGUAAAAGAAGAAGAUGAUGAUGAUGAACAAUAUUCAUCAACGCCACACAAUGAACUAGAUUUCCUAUCAAAUAUUCCUACCCCUGUUCCCUCCACACAAUCAACGACAUCUGCGUCAAAAUCUCGAAUGAAUCUUGUUGAAUUACUGACCCAACAAGGUUUAACCGCUCGAACACUGGAAUCAGCUGCACCAGAUCCAGAUGACAGUAACGAUCUGGCGACUCCACCAUCGUCACCGAUACAUGGUGCGCAACUUCAAACGAAUGCUCUUCUUCAUCAAGUUAUGCAACGUCUUGUUAGCAUGUCCUUACGUACGUUCGAAACCAUUGCUUCAUCUGUCACUGAAUCGCUACCAGAUGAACAAGAUAAACUCGAAGAGCGAUCUAAGAAAACAACGACCGUUACUCCUCCAUCAUCGCCAAAAUUCGAAGGUCUCACUGCGCCUACUCCGAACACAGCUAUGCGUGCAAUCAAAUCCAGUACAUUCUUACGUGUUUCCUCAUUGAAUCCGUUAACAAAGGCAUUUGCCACACGUUCACCUGGCGAAGUGCCAUCCAUGGUCUCCGACUUUCUUCGCGGCUAUCGUCCAUAA